UAUCAUGUUGACAUUUUUCAACCAGUAAAAAAUAUUUAAAACAUUUAAAGAAAAUAUUUAUAAUAUUAAAAAUGAAUGAAUGAUUUCUUUAAAUGUUUCCAGUUGGACAUUUUGAAAGUUUAAUUUCAACAUAAAACAUAAAAACAAAUAGGAAUCAAAUGAUUUCCACUUUUAUUCUGAUGCUGCGACCAACAGAAAUUGGCUCAUAAAGAGGGAAUUGUGGCGCUCCGUGGAGAGGCCGGAGAGACUUCCAGAGGACGAUCCGAUCAGGCAGCAGAGACAAUGAAAUCAAGAACAAUUUGUCCGCUCUCUGCAGCUGAUGGAUGGAGCUCCGAAGCUAACAGAGUUUCCCUUUAUGGAAAUGAGAUCACCUCAGGAAAGGUUUAAAUAUUCCUGAUGAACAUUACCAGAUUUCAAUUCCUGAGUCAGUUCUACACUCUGAUCCAUACAUUUGCAUCCAUUUGUUGUGUUUUUAUUGUGCACAAAUAAAAAUGUCCAUGAUUUAAUGGAGUCUGAAUUUAUUUUGUGGAGCUUUAAAUAGAAACAGAGAAACGUAAUGUUCUGGGAUCAAGAACAUAAAAACAAAGAUGGGAAAAAUAAAAGAAAGGUUUUUUAAUCAAAUUAAAAUAUUGAGAUAAAAAACUAAAUAAAGUAAAAAUAAGGCAAUUUUUCCUUUUUCGUUGAGCCUCCGUUUCCUUCGUGGGAUUUGUUUUAAAGAGCGGAGCCGGAGCCUCCAUCCUGCCUCCCCCGCUCCUCACAUCACUCCUCCCUCCUUCAGACCUUCAGACAGCUCAUUUAUUCGUCCGUUUAAAUUGAAUUAUCAGCUUUUUAUUAGCGACAAAAGUGUGCGCUGGAAAGCUGCAGGGUCUGAUCCUCUCAUUAUCCUGAACAUGUUAUUGUUACGGAGUAUUGAUCAGGAAUGAUUGAUCGGAAGCUGGGAAGGUUUUAAAAAAUAAAGCUGAACUCUGGGAUAGUUCACUCAUUCUUUUCUCUUCCUCUAAUUUUUCUUCCUCAGCUUGACUUUGUUGUUGGAAUAAAGAUAUUUUUCUCUGGUUCCUUCUUUAUUCCUUGGUCCUGAACUUUCUGGGAAUGAACUGCUCCUCACUUCUUCUUUGGUUGCCGCCUGGAGCUCAGGUUUGUAUUUCUCACAGUAAAACCAUAAAUGCCAUCCUCUCUUUCCAGUCCUCCUCCAGUUUCUUUUCUUUGUCCUCAUGUUGUCUUCCUGCUCUUCAGUCCAGAAUCGUCCCACCCCUCGGAGCCUUGGAGGCCUGCGGCCCCAGAAGACCGGAGCAUCGUGACUGUGAAAAGCCUUUUCUCGCUUCCUGUCUGACAGUUCGGAGUUAAUCAGCUGAAUAUAACGAGCAGCGGACACAUCAGCUCCACUUUUCUUCCUCCACUCAGAAAAUAAAGAUGGAGAAAAGGUUCAGACCUGAUUGGACCGACACAAGACCACUCAAAUGCAGAAGCCGUGGAGCUUUAGUGACCUUGCAGACGAACAUCAUGCAGCUGCUCUGGUUAUCAGCCGGACUCCCAAAGGAAACCGUUUUCAGAGGAGCUCCUCAGGAAUCCUGAAUGCUUAUCUGCAACCAACAGACCACAGCACCGUUGGAAGGAGACCAGGUUCCACAUAGGCCUGCAGAAACCCAGAACAGCGCCCCCUAUUACUGCUGGGUAGUAUUAACAGUGGAGACAGAGGAACACACAGUAAGGAAGGUCUUCAUGAGCUUCUCAACAGAACAAGGUUCCUGGAUCUUCUUGUCCAGUUUAAUGUUGGGUUUUUGUACGGAACCGCAAACUUCGGCUCCAAUCUCUUCGUUUCUGACUGGCGUUCUUCAGUAAUGACCUCUGCGCUCAGAUGUUCCUCAGUCUGUCUUUCUCUGGUCUGGAUCAACCAAAGUCUCUCUAACAGCUCAUAACACCAUGGCCCAUUCCGAACGUGCAGGAUGAUCAGAACAUAUGGUCCACAAGAUGUUCUUGGUUCUGUUCUUCAGAGCUAUUGAGGGCUGUCUCCAGAAUGAGAUGAUGGAUAUCUGAGAAGCUGAAUUGGUUUUUAUGGAGAUGAACGUCAUUAAGAGUAAUCCUGAAACAACCCGGUUUAUCUGGGAUCCCAGAAGCCAUUUGGGUCAAGGUUCCGCAGGAUAUUAGGGUUAGGUUCACCAGUCAUGGUUCUACAGAUGGUAAUAGCCAGGUUACUCAUUAGAGUUCGGGUUCUGUAGGGGGUUUCAGGUUUUUGAGAUUCUGUUUCUCAGAAGAGGUCUGGUCAGACCUAUGAUUUGCUGCUGCACAGGUUCAUCUGGGCCUUAGGGUUCUUCAGACAGUUAGGAUUCUGCUGACAGCUUUCUGCAGGAAAGAGAAGGUCAGGCUUUCUAAGAUGCUGUUUGAAGAAAAAGUCCAUCAGACACAGUUCUGUUGAGGGCCCGGUUCUGACUGCCCAUGUUUCUGGAGCUGUGUCUGUCUUUGUGCUCCACAGGAACCAGUUCGCUUACUGGUGGGACUGGUGCGAGACGCAGCAGCACACACACCUGCUCCAUCUGUGUGUGGUGGGUCCGUCUCCUCCUCCUCCUCUUUCGUCUCGCCCUCUCUCUCUCCUUUUAAGGCCAGGCCCCACCCCUCAUAGCGAUGUCAGCAGCUUGGAGGAAGACCCGUGGGGUUUUUGGGUUUUGGCGUCCAGUCCUGUGGGGCCGCAGGGCUGAGAGUUUCUCCUCCAUCCCGGGCGGGCCGCCUCUGCUCCUCUCUUUGGGGAAAAGAAAAAAGACUGAGUGCUCGCUCUCGAUUCGCCAUCCGAAGCUGUUUUCCUCCUGUUUUCUCUGAGGAUUCUAGUUCUUUUUCCUCCUCCUCCUUCUUUUUUCUGUCUCUGCGGGUUUCAUCGGGUCAGCCAACUGACACUUUCUAAAAAAAAAUUAUUUUCCUGUCCUUCAAUCAGAUAAAGUUAAAAUAAAUCUGAAAUACAGAAAGUUCUAAAGCCAAUAAAAAACUUUUCCUUCCUGAGCAGAGAUUUCAUUGUUUCUCCUCUUCGAUCUUCGUCCUCCUGUUGCUCCUCCAUAAAUUAAAAUGUCUUCCAUCCUGAAGAUCUGGUCCAUCCUGUAGAGCUCCAGUUCUUCAGCCAGACUCCAGCUCUUCUUUUGGUUUUUCUGUUGCUGCGAUUUUGCUGCUGGAGCGCCGGGUUCUGAGAUGUUCGGGAUCCAGGACAGCCUGCCUCGCGGGGCCACAGCCAGCCUGAAAGAGGAGCCGCUGGCCGUUCGCUCCUGGAUGCACUCGGCCGGCGUGGUGGACGCCAACACAGCCGCUCAAAGCGGGGUGGGGUUAGCUCGAGCUCACUUUGAGAAGCAGCCUCCGUCCAACCUGAGGAAAUCAAAUUUCUUCCACUUCGUUCUGGCGCUGUACGACCGGCAGGGACAGCCGAUCGAAAUCGAACGCACCGCCUAUGUCGACUUUGUAGAAAAAGAAAAGGAACCAAGCGGAGAGAAAACCAACAACGGGAUUCAUUACAAACUGCAGCUUCUUUACAGUAACGGGGUCCGAACGGAGCAGGACCUCUACGUCCGACUCAUUGACUCCAUGACCAAACAGGCCAUCAUCUACGAGGGUCAGGACAAAAAUCCAGAGAUGUGCCGAGUCCUGCUCACACAUGAGAUCAUGUGCAGUCGCUGCUGUGAUAAGAAGAGCUGCGGAAACAGGAACGAGACGCCGUCGGACCCCGUCAUCAUCGACAGGUUCUUCCUCAAGUUCUUCUUGAAGUGUAACCAGAACUGUCUCAAGAAUGCAGGGAACCCUCGGGACAUGAGGAGGUUUCAGGUGGUGGUUUCUACAACAGUCAACGUAGACGGUCAUGUUCUCGCCGUCUCUGACAACAUGUUCGUCCAUAACAACUCCAAACAUGGCCGCCGAGCCCGAAGACUGGACCCAUCUGAGGCAGCCACUCCCUGUAUAAAAGCCAUCAGUCCCAGUGAGGGCUGGACGACGGGUGGAGCCACCGUCAUUCUCAUAGGAGACAACUUCUUUGAUGGCCUUCAAGUCGUCUUCGGCACCAUGCUGGUGUGGAGCGAGCUGAUCACUCCCCAUGCCAUCCGGGUCCAGACUCCGCCACGUCACAUCCCCGGGGUCGUUGAGGUCACGCUGUCCUAUAAGUCCAAGCAGUUCUGUAAAGGAGCGCCAGGACGCUUUGUCUAUACAGCACUCAAUGAGCCCACCAUUGACUAUGGAUUCCAGAGGUUACAGAAGGUCAUCCCCCGUCACCCUGGAGACCCCGAGAGGCUGCCCAAGCAUUCCUGCUCUCCAUGCAGUAAAUAUCCAACUAACCCCGUUCCAGACUGUGUGUCUGACCUCAGACUGGAGGUGCUGCUGAAGAGAGCAGCUGACCUGGUGGAGGCGCUCUACGGGAUGCCUCACAACAACCAGGAAAUCAUCCUAAAGCGAGCUGCAGAUAUAGCUGAAGCUCUUUACAACGUUCCCAGGAACCACAACCAGAUCCCGUCACUAGGAAAUUCUGCCUCUCAUGGAAUGAUGGGAGUAAACUCCUUUAGUGGACAGCUGGCGGUUAACGUCUCUGAGACAACACAAGUCGGUUACAAUCGGAACACCAGCAGCGUGUCACCACGGGGGUAUGUCCCAAGCUCCACCCCCCAACAGAGUAACUAUGGCAACACUGUCAGUAGCAGCAUGAAUGGGUAUGGUAAUGCUGGCAUGCCGAAUCUCGGAGUGGCAACAUCACCGGGUUUCCUGAAUGGCUCGUCGGCUAACUCGCCUUAUGGCAGUAAGUAUCAAGUUGUUCCCUCCAGUCCCACCAUGGCCGUGUCCAACUGUAACUCGUCUCAUGGAGUGUUCUCCUUCUCGGCUGCCGUCAAACAGAAGAGCGCCUUCGCUCCAGUUGUCCGGCCAUCGGCAUCACCUCCUCCUCCUCCCAACUGUUCAGGCGGCAAUGCCAACGGGCUGCAAGCCAUGUCAGGCCUUGUCGUUCCUCCGAUGUAGAGAAUCUUCUUCCUCCUUCCUCACCUCCCUCUUCACCCUCAGCCUCGAGCAACAAUCAUCUCAGAGGGGGAGGGGCAUGUGGUCUCUGGAGGUGGAGCGUCAGGCAGGUGCUGACCAAUCAGAGAGUUGACCCUGUUGGCGAUUUGACCAAGAAGAAUAUGAAAAGACUUUUUGUGCAGCAGUUUUCUGCAGGUGCUUCAAUCUUCUGUUCUGGUUCUAAUGUCUAGUCUCUGUUAAUAUAAAUAUGUGAUGUCAUACCUAGGAUGUGACAUCACUUCCUCUAACUGGGUACGCUUGAUUAAAAACUUUAAAAAUUACAAAUGUUAAAGGUAAAACCAGCUGUUUUUAACUGACAUUACCAGGUGUUAUCUGUGGAAACACCUGAGUUCAGGUGAGGCUGAAAGUAGGCAGAGAAAACAUUCAGAGACCUCAUUCUGAAGUCCCACAGAGCCGAUCCUGGUUUCUGUUUCUUUUAGACCAUUCAGGAGGAACAUUUAAUACCUCGUUCUGAACACCUUCUUUGCUGUGAACAACCGGGUUGUGAACACCUGGUUCUGAGCACCUGGUUGUCUGAUAAAAACAGAAACCUUAGAUUUAUUAUUUAUUAUUUAAAGCCUUUUAUUUUAUUUUUUUUAAACACAAAGUUGUGUUAAAGCAAAGUUUAAAAAAAGCUUAAGCCCCGCCCUCUGACAAUUGUAGCUCCGGUUUUUGAUGCUUCCACUGUAAAAAUUAACCCUGCGUUGCAUCCUAAACCGUCAGCGUAGCCAUCCACCUUCUUGUUUGGUCUCAGCCCCAGCCCCUCCCACUGUUCAAGUCCCACCCCAUCACUUAAGCCCCGCCCAUGUCUUUGUGUGGGUUUUGUGAUUUUUGAUGAAUUCGUAGCUAACUGAAUACUUCUUUAUCACUAAUGUGGUUGAUGACAAGCCCCCCCCCAUCACUGUGGCGACCUGUUUUUGUAUCAUACAAAAUCUAGAUAUUUCUAUCAGAUUGUUUUUAGUAUCAAUGGAUGUUUGUCUUAUCGUCUCCAGACGUGCGUGUGCAUGUGUUGUUGCCACACCCACCAACAGCCUUUGUUUUAUAUCACGUAUUUAUAGAGCCGUCAAUCAAAGCUGCUGUCCAAUCAGCUGCGCCUGUUUGUUUUUAAUGUGAACCAUGUUGUAACUUCUCCACAGUGAAUAAAGGCAGCAGGUUGCUCUGACA